CUGGUGUUCGUGUGGAGGACUUGAGCACUUGGUGGUCAAUUAGACAAGAUGGACACCAAACGAGAGAUUGGACCAACGCUGGUCCUUUCGCCGGCCAAGCAAUCGUCGCUUCGGAGUCCCAUGGCACGCCGUCCAGUCAGCCCACGGCCCGCCGCCGCCGCCGUGGCAACAUCCACGUCAGAGACGAUUUCGUUCCUAUCCUCCGGUGCGUUGCAAUGCAGUUCUCAAUGCGGGCACCAACAAGCCCUCCAACUGCUUGAAAUCAAGCGACUUCGAGAUCAACUGGCUGAGCUGCAUCUGCUCCACGGCGAGCCCAAGGAGAAGGUGAAAAUACCCCGCGCCGUCACCCCCGCCGUGUUCUCCGUGACAGACGAAGGCACGAAAGCGCGCAGCAUCACGACCAGCAUGGGGCGCCACGUAAGCAUCGCCACGGGGCACGUGCUUCGGUCGAUUCCAAAGCAAGUUCCCAACCGCGUGGCCGAGCGCGUGAGCGAGGCAUUUGUAAACCCCCUCAAAGCAAUCCAAUACCUUAACUCGUACGAGUUCAGCACCGACUUGCUCGCAAUAGCCAACCAAGUGUCGGUGUUGUUUCAGAACGAGCCUCGCUGUGUACCUGUCCAGAGCCCCGUAUACGUGAUAGGCGACAUCCACGGUAACCUGUCGGACCUCAAGUUCUUUUCCGAUCACCUGUGGCGUCUUGGCAUUGGCUUGACGGCGGGCAACUUUUUGUUUCUGGGCGAUUACGUCGACCGCGGCCUAUCGUCCCUCGAGUGCAUUGCGUACUUGUUUGCUCAAAAGAUCAUGUUUCCCAACAAAGUCGUGCUGCUGCGAGGCAACCAUGAAACCCGCGCCGUGAACGGCUGGGAGGAGCACUAUGGCUCUGGUUCAUUCCUUGCGCAGUGCAAAAAACGCUUUGGGAACGAUGAAGGGUGCAAUGUAUGGCAUCAGGUCAACAAUGCAUUCGACUGCAUGCCCGUGUCUGCGGUCAUCGACGACGACAUUUUCUGCGCCCACGGCGGCAUCCCCCGUCCCCUCGCUUCGGGGGAAAAGCAGCUCGACUCGAUUCAAUCGAUUCCACGGUUGGCAUCAUUUGAUACAUUGGAGAAAGCGUCGAACACCCCAUCGAUGGGGGAACACGCUGCGUUGCUGCAUAUGGCCGAGGAAAUGCUGUGGGCUGACCCUGCCGGCGAAGCGCAGGAAAUGACGCUCGACAAGCACGGGUUUGGCAAGAGUGCCCGCGGCGGCAACUCGAUUUGCUUUGGCAACGUUGCAAUCGAUGACUUUCUCCAGCGGCACAACUUUUCGUACAUCAUUCGGGCGCAUGAAGCAUGCAGCCAAGGCAUCCACUUGAGCAAGUCCGCGCGCGUCCUGACCGUGUUUUCCACGUCCAAGGACCACGGGCUCGGCAAGCGCGCCAAGUGCGGCUGCCUCUUGGUCGAACGAGAUCGCAUCCUCAUCCUCAAUCGGUCCCACAAGUACAACGGCGGGUUUGUCCGCCGACGUAGUAGCUUGCAGCUGUCGUCGUCAUUGUUGCCUCAACCCGACGGCGGCCUUUCGAGCACGUCCGCGGCGGCUCGGCGGUGCUCUGCCGCGUCGUCCGGGGGCGAGCAUGCUAACGAAGAUGACCACGAAGAUGAAGACUCGACGGACGAUGAAGUGGACGACACUAAGGCCCUCGAUGGGCCUACUGGCAUCAUGGCCAAUUCCCAAGUCGUGAUCGACCUUGGUGACAACAAUCAAGAAGAAACGUAACCUCAAGAGGUAACUCCAUUUGACGCCAUGCUUGCAAAACUGAAAAGUACAGAUUGCGGCAACUGCAUGCUUGCAAAGUCGUUAAACACGUUUACGGCACAUCCGUUGAUAUGUUAACGGAAGCAGUGCGAAGAUGUCGCAAUUGUUUAACGUUACGCAUUCAUCGUGACAACGUGUAAUCUGCCUCAGGUUGGCUCGAUAUGGGGGGUCGCACUAAGCCGAAAUGCCAAGCGGGCAUGGGGGCUGAUAAUUUAUAAUGUCCAUCGA